GCGGCGGGAUGGGGCCGGUGGCGGCGGUGGGGAGGCUGGUGCCGGUGUUGGUGCUGGUGGCGGCGGUGCGAGCCGGCCCCGGGCCCGUCACCUGCGGCUCGGUGGUGAAGCUGCUCAACGUGCGGCACAAUGUCCGCCUGCACUCCCACGACGUGCGCUACGGCUCCGGCAGCGGGCAGCAGUCGGUGACCGGGGUGGCGGCGGCGGAUGACGGGAACAGCUACUGGCGGGUGCGGGGCAGGACGGCGGCCGUCUGCGAGCGGGGCACGCCGGUGCGCUGCGGGCAGGCCAUCCGCCUCACCCACCUGGGCACCGGCCGCAACCUCCACAGCCACCACUUCGCCUCCCCGCUCUCCGGAAACCAGGAGGUGAGCGCGUUUGGGGAGGCUGGUGAGGGCGACUACCUGGAUGACUGGACGGUGGUGUGCAGUGGGACUUACUGGUCGCGGGACAGCGAGGUGCGCUUCCAGCACACCUCCACCGAUGUCUUCCUCUCGGUGACGGGGGAACAGUACGGGCGGCCCAUCCACGGGCAGAAGGAGGUGCAUGGCAUGGCCGCCUCCAGCCAGAAUAACUACUGGAAGGUGAUGGAGGGCAUCUUCAUGCAACCCAGCGAGGUCUUCAAAUCGGAGCAGUACCACGCUGAGUUGUGAUGGACAGACAGACUGCUGCCGAGCCUCUGGGCGCUGCCCUGCAGUGUUUGUGGCUGCUUGGUCCCAGGGAUGGCCCCUGUCCCCAUGUGGGUCUGACGCACGCCAGGAUACAGAGCCCCAAAUCCAACCUGAAGCAGAUCCCAAUGUCCUGAACGUGAAGCGGAGCAGAUACCGCUGUCCCAAAUCCAACACAAAGCAGAUCCCAACAUCCUGAAUUUGAUACGGAGCAGAUCCUGCUGUCCCAAACCUGACCCAAAGCAGAGCCCAGCAUCUAAGAUCCGACAUGAAGCAGGUCCCCAUGUCCUAAAUCCAACACAAAGCAGAUCCUUGUGUCCAGACUGGACCCAAUGUCUCAGAUCCAACAUGAAGCAGGUCCCCACAUCCUAAAUCCAACCCAAAGCAGAUCCUUGUGUCCAGACCUGACCUAAAGCAGACCCCAAUGUCCAAGAUCCAGCACAAAGAAGGUCCCCGUGUCCCGAAUCCAGCAGAAAGCUGAGCCCCACGUCCAGACCCGACCCAGAGCAGAUUCCAGAACUCCCCAACUCCCUUGUAGCUUCGUCCCCACCCUGGUCCCCUCCAGCUCAGGACCCUCCAAAGGGCCACUGUGCCCCGGUAACCCCCCCCACCCCUCGCUGUACCCCAAACUGCGCCCGGCGGGGUCCUGGGGCCAUAAAAGAAUUGAA